AUGCGGUUGCAGCAGCAUUGGCCUUCUUAUCCACGCUCUGUCGGCAUCGUGUCGGCAGCGCCGACGUCGACCUUCACGGCCCCUCCGUCCCUUACUCAUUCGGACAGCACCACAAUGGAUCAUCGUCGUCAUCAGGGAUCGCAGAUGGACGUGGCGUCGCAUCAUCCGCUUCGGCUACGCUUUGGUCCCUCGAUGCUGCGUCUUGUUGCUGAUCUUUGGUCCGUAGUCGUUGCCGAGAAGAAGAACACUCGGACAAUUGCACCGCCCGCCAGAAUUCAAGGUGGGCUUGAGGGGAAAAGAACACGACGCCAUGCCAUCCACUCCACAUAG